AUGGACGACGUCGUUGAGGAGAAAAACAAGAUUGCUCGCUUCCAUAAUCUUCUGAUUCGACCCAAUAUUGGUGAAUUUUUGGGAGCGUUUUUCUUUUCUUUUUUAGCAUGUUUCGCGGGCCAAUGUCAGCGCUCCAACGGCCUAAUCUACCCAUUUCUCUCCGCAUUUUCCCUCUAUAUCUCCCGAAGUCUAGUGCUGCCUCUAACACCCGCUCAUCUGAAUCCAGCAGUCACUUUUCUGCAUUGGCUACGAAACGAGGUGCCUUUAGCGAUAGCCGUCACAUUCUGUUUGGUUCAACUCGUCGGUUUUCUUUUCGGAGUUUCCUUAUUUCGAUCACUCGUCUCGCAAACGGAAUUCAACGAUUAUGUGGUGAUGUAUGAGAUCGUGGCGGUAGACGGAGUGAGAAAGAUUAAUCGAUUACAGGGUUUCAUCCAAUUCGUAUCCUAUCCGUUAUAUGGAUUCACUUCGAAUAUCACCCUUCUUCUGGUCACUUCUACAGUAUCCUAUAUUUUUUCGCCACUGACCACGCCCUCUUUUUUACUGUUGUACUUGAAUGUAUUCGCAUCGCUAAUAGCAGCGUUGGCUGCUUGGUGUCUAGAUUUAUUAUGCCAAAGGAGUGUGGAAGAGGAAGAAUAA